AUGACUGUCGGAGCCCUCGCGAUCUUCGUGGCGCUGCCGUUGGUCGUGCUUGCGGGCGUGCCUCCAACUGAGGAGGAUUGCCAGGAGCGCCUCACGAGCAUCCGCGCCGCGAUCGAAAAUAGAGACCUCGAUCGAGCGCUCAAGCUCUCGGAGUUGCUUGUGAGGGAGCCGGGCGUGCUGUACCCGCAAGCGUGCACAGCGGACGAGCCAUAUGCAGGCGACAGCCUCUCCAACUUGCCAAAGCUACCGACUCCCGACUACAAGGCAAUGCGCUCCCAAAACGCGUGCGGAAACGUCUUCGUGCUGAGCCUGAUUGCCUUUUACACGUCGCAAGUGUAUCUCUGCGGCGAGGAAGGCAAGGAUAUCUACGCGGCCCUCAUCUACUCUGAGGCCGUCAUCGCCAUCAUCUGCCUGCUCGGACUCGCUCUCGGCGAUCCCGGCGUGGUCAAGCGCUCCCGCGAAACGUGCUUCCCGCUGCCCAACGCGAUUUCCGAGGCGCUACUAGCCGGUAAGGACCUCUCUUCCAUCCGGUCCAACGUUCGCGGCGACGAUGGGCGCACGUUUUGCGUGCGGUGCUUCGUCUGGCGGCCGGACAAUGCGGGUGAGGUGCACCACUGCAGCAUAUGCCAGCGCUGUGUGACGCAUUUCGACCACCAUUGCGGCGUCUUUGGCCGCUGCAUCUGUGGGCGGGGGUUUGGCGGCAACAUGGGUUACUUCAAGGUGCUGAUCAGCAUGUUCUUCUGCGCCUUUUGCACCUGGGUCGCUUUCUUGCUCUUUCUGAUGGAGACGGCUAUCUUUGACCACGCGGACCCCCCUGUCUGA